AGUUCAUUUAGUGUUAGACUACAACUCGGUGCUUAAGCUUUUUUUAACGUGUUGAGAUCAUCGUUGUUAAGGAAUAUAAACAGUUAACAGUGGCUAAUUGUUUAUCAUGAAUGUUGAUAAAAUGUCUCAUUCUGGACGAUCUUCGAGCCAAAUAUCAAUAUACAACUAUCCAGAUCACUUGAACCCGUUUCAUGAUGACGACAACCAUAAACGAUUGCGAUUCUGGAAUUUAUCAAAAAGCAACGAUGAUCGCAGACGAAGAAGCUUCUCCAUCGGACAUUUGCGAGAUAUGUGGGCGUUUAGAUCAUUUUCUCCAAAGAAAAAGAAGUCGUCCACGUUGGGUAUACAAAAAACCUCAGAAAGUCCUCCUAUGCUAAGAAGAGAUUUGGAUCCAAACUGCUACCAAAGAAGACCCAUAGUUAGCUCUUUACAGAAUAUUAAUACUUCAACACCGGUGCCAUCUAACAGGUUGAACGCAUACUCAAUUCAAAAUCAUCAUGGAACAAAUCAAUUUCGUGGAAGCUUAAGCCCACAAUUUCAACGAUUUCAGCCAUAUAGAGCUUCAAACACAAGUCUAGCAAGCAGUAAUCCUUUUGAAAGCGACAUGGAGUCAGAUAUCAAUGACAUUUCCGCAAAUUCUACUGGUGGAGUUAGAAAAUCGUAUCGUAAAAAGAGGAGAGCCCCUUUGGCGCCGCAUAUGAUGAACAACAGUUCAACUAAUCAAGUUGAUGUCGACAGCAAGGGCACAGAAAUUGAGCAUAUAGCCAUUAAGUCGCUUACUGGUGAAAUAGAAAAAUUUGUAAACGACAGAAAUGAUGCCUUAACUAGUAAUACAACUAAAGUCAAAACGGACACAAAUGCCUUAAAUAUAAAAGAAUCUACGCAAAAUAAUAAUACAACCAGGAUGGGAGAAACUAUAAACAACAAUGGCUUACAUAUAACAGAAACUACACAUAAUAAUAAUAAUGUAACUAGAUUGGAGCCUGAAGCAACGGUAUCGUUGCAUAUUGAUGAAACAACGCCUGUGAAUAAUAAGAAUACUCUACAAAUAGUAGAAGAAACAACUGUUAACAUACAAAAAGUGGACCCAAAUGGCAAUUUCAAGCCUACUCCUCCUGUUAAGAAACCAAAGGAAACUUUAACAAAGAAUGUAGAGAAGGAUAUACAUAUUAAAUCAAGAACAGGUGAAAUACAAAUAAUAGUCACCAAUCAAAGUAAUCCUGUUGUGACAAGAACAACAACAACGAUGCAGUCAUUUAAGGGCACUGAUGUGCUCCCUAUGAAAACAGAAAUCCCACAAAGCUCACAAAUAAUCAACGGAGAAUCUGUUAAACAAAUUAAUUCCGUUAAAGAGAAACCAAAGGAUACUUCACAAAGUAUAACAGUAGAUGAUACGCCAGCAAAUAUUGCUCAAGAAGAAAAGAUUAAAAGUAAUUCUAAUAAUAUUUUAAUCAACGAAACACGAAUGGAACAACCGGCCAGCGACUCUAAAAAUACAAUUAUUAAAGAAGUACAUAAUAUACAACUAAAAAGUGAAAUGAAAAACGACGAAGAAUCAAAGGUCUCCCAGGAAAUCACUAAGAAUGUUGAAAGCAAGCCAGUUAUUUGUAAAACCGAAACUAUUGUUAAAAAAACUGUUUUAGUUCAUACACCAACAACAUCACAGGCAUCCAAUAACUUUGUUACCUGCAAUGCUACUGCGGAAGUUCCUAAUAACUUAUCAAAUACGAAUGGCAAUAGUCUUACAAUUGAUGAAACUACAAAGCGCAAUGUGUCAAGGCAAAGCCGUGAACGUGAUGAUUUUUGUCCACAAGUGUGCAGCUAUGACCACAACUUUGUUUUGCCGACCAAAAGCAGUCUUGUUUCGAGUCCAAAGUAUGAACAUCGCGAAUAUGUUUAUAAACCCUAUGCGACUUUUGAGAAGCCAGAAGAUAAAAUCGGUGAGCUGCAAGAUCCUUCGCAGCCAACAAAAACUAAGUCAGUCAAAGAAAUAAUUGAUGCUAUAAACCGUAGUCAAAAGCUUCUAAAGGAGAGUGCUGCCAAAGGAACAAAGGUUUUCUCAACUGCUUUAUAUGAUAGCAAUAAUAUUGGACCGUCAAACGAACAAAGAAACAAUCACCAAGAAGUUCAACUAAAUAUUUCCAACGAAACCUCUUGCGUGGAAAAUAAUACGGAGCCACAGCAAAAUUAUUUUCAGAAAAGCAAAAUAAACAAAAAGGUCUGUGAAUACAGAGAGUCGUCUCCAACAACUUCUAAUUUAGAUUGGAAUCCUUUGCCAAAGCCGAAACGAAGUAAUGGUGGUCCAGCAAUUUAAGCUUAAACAAAAAUAUAAUUAACUAUCUUGUUAUGUACUUUAUAAAAAACAAAAUAAGUUCCAAAUACUGCAAUAUACAUGCAUAGUCACUAAUAUAAUAAAUA